UCCGCUGAAUCAUUAUGAGCCCAAAGUUUAAUCCGGGCAAAGAUACCACCACGUCACUCCUCACUCCAUAUUGUCCUCGGAGCAACAUCUUCUCCUCUCGCAACGUGGAAUAGUCGCACCCACAUAUGUCCCGUCGCAUCCUCCUCCACAACCAGCCCAAAUCUCCGACACCCACGAACACCAUCCGCUCCUUUCUCCACCACAACUACCAACCCAACCCUCGACCUCUCAACCCUGCCACAUCCCUCACCACAACUCUAGUCGCCUCCGACAGAGCUCACCCCCUCUACCCGCAAGUCCAGCGCGAACUCCAAGCCUUCAACCCCGGCCUUCUGCACUGGAGAGUGCGCACAUCCAAUGAUUUAAGCCCGCGAGGCGUCGUGCGCAGCUGGGCGUUGCGAAGGGUGAAAGUCGCGCUGUUGGCGGAGUUGAGGGAGAGGGGCUUUGCUCGGGAUGGGAGGAAAUUGGAUGGAGGCGAGGGCGACGGGUUGAGGGGCGCGUUGUCUGUUAUUGUUGAUAGGGGAGGGGGUGCGAUUCGUGCGAGUGGGGUGGAGGUGAGGAGGGAGGUUGGCAAGGUGCUGGACGCUGUAAUGAGGGCUCACAAGAGAGAUCGCGAUGAGAAGACUCGUGGUUUGACGGCUGAAAGGGCCGGAGGUGCUGCUCCUCUGAGGAUACUACGUGUGAAGUCCGGCCGGGGCGAUCGUUCUGACACCUCUCCUGGAUGAGUAUGCUGCGGAGAUUGUGUCUAGCUUGACAUAACCCGUUCCAUGGCAGUGCAUAUUGCUGCGACAUAUUUACUGCGACAUGCAGUUGCUGUCUGGCAGCCACGAACGGGCCUUCACGCAGCACGACACAAGGCUGUGUUAAGGUGCUACGACCUCGGGAAAUUUGGUCACCAGCUUCAGAACACCAAGCUCUUGGCCAUGGAAGAUGAGGACAGCAAUAACGAUAUACAUGAGCACUCAGUCUCCCAUCAUUUGUUG